CAGGCUGUCCUCCCGUUAUUUUCCUCCGACUCCUGCAGAAUGAGCUGACAGACGUUAUGAAAUGGGAAUGAGGCCGGUUCAGCUCACAGUUUAACCAGAAGCGUGUGUUUUCAUGUCGUACUGGCAACAUACAAAGUCUGAGAAUGCACUCCCGGUUGUUGUGUGGCGGCACCGGAGCGGCCAUUGCCACCAGAAGGAUGCGGAAUAUUUUGGGUUCUGUGCUGGGAAGAGACGGCUGGAUGUGGAAGAAUCAUGAGGUCAAACUUCUAAGUACAUCCGCAGGUGGCACCCUGAAGAUCGGUGACAUCUCUUUCAAACUCAAAACCCCCAAGAAUCCAGAGCUUGUUCCUGUGAAACACACUUCAGACUCACUGCCGCAGAUGGUGGCUCAGCACCUGCGAUGGAUCAUGCAGAAAGAUCUUUUGGGCCAAGAUGUAUUCCUCAUCGGACCCCCAGGGCCCCUGAGACGAUCUAUAGCUAUGCAGUACCUCGAGUUGACCAAACGGGAAGUCGAGUAUGUGGCUCUGUCCAGAGACACCACAGAGACUGAUCUGAAGCAGAGGAGGGAGAUCCGCUCAGGAACGGCCUUCUACAUAGACCAGUGCGCGGUGAGAGCAGCGACGCAAGGGCGAGUCCUCGUCCUGGAGGGGCUGGAGAAAGCGGAGAGAAACGUCCUCCCCAUCCUGAACAACCUGCUGGAGAACAGGGAGAUGCAGCUGGAGGACGGACGCUUCCUGAUGUCGGCCGAGCGCUAUGACAAACUGCUGCAGGAACACACUAAAGAGGAGCUGGACAGUUGGAAGAUUGUGCGUGUCAGCGAGGACUUUCGAGUCAUCGCUUUAGGGCUCCCUGUUCCCAAAUACAAGGGCAACCCUCUGGAUCCUCCUCUCCGCUCCCGCUUUCAGGCCAGAGACAUCUAUUACCUGCCUUUCAAGGACCAGUUGGAGUUGUUGUAUGCAGCAGGACCAAAUGUGGCUGCAGAGAAGGUUUCCCAGCUGCUGUCACUGGCCACCACGCUGUGCUCCCAGGAAUCCUCCAAUCUGGGCCUCCCCGACUUUCCCGUAGACAACCUGCUCCCCGCCCUGCACGUUCUGAACACGUUCCCGGCCCUGUCCGCCCAGCAGCUCGUCCAGAGGCUUUAUCCCUACAAGAGUAUCCUAGGCAAGGAUGGACACUCGGCCGUCGAGGGCGUGCUGAGUCGCUUUGAGCUUUUGGAUGGUCAGCGUCAGCCGGCACCCACUUCCGUUUUGAGCGUGUCCGCGACAAAGGAACUCGACGGCCAUGCUGAUGUCACAAUACGGGCCGGAGACAGAGACGUCACCUUCCAGGUUCCAGUCGGCACAAAAGAGCCUCGGCCCCCCAACAGCAGCCCCACCUUCAUCAGCACACCGAGCCACUCCCAGCUGCUGGCUGAGAUGAUGCAGUCCCACAUGGUGAAGGACAUAUGUCUGAUGGGAGCCAAGGGCUGUGGCAAGUCGGUUAUUGCCAGAGAGUUUGCUGAGAUGCUGGGUUACAGCAUCGAGCCCGUCAUGCUCUACCAGGACAUGACGGCCCGGGAUCUCCUCCAGCAGAGGUACACUCUCCCCAACGGAGACACGGCGUGGAGGCCGUCUCCUCUGGUCACAGCCGCCAUCGAAGGCAAGCUGCUGCUUCUGGACGGUGUUCAUCGGGUCAACCUGGGAACCCUGGCUGUGCUCUCCAGGCUGCUUCAUGACAGGGAGUUGGAUCUCUAUGAUGGAACCCGGCUGCUGCGGUGGGACAGAUACCAAACACUAAAGGAGCAGCUCCAGCUUAGCGACCAGCAACUACAAGACAGGUCAAUCCUUCCCAUCCAUCCGUCGUUCCGAGUGCUCGCCCUGGCCGAGCCCCCGGUGGUGGGCGCCAGUUCGAGCACGAGCAGCAGCAGAGGUCAGCAGUGGUUAGGCCCAGAGCUGCUCACCAUGUUCCUCUACCACACCGUGACCCCCCUGGCCAAAGCCGAGGAGAUGGGCCUCAUCCGAGGCCUGACUCCUAACGCUCCAGAAGAAGCCGUGGAGCAACUACUGCACCUCACGCACAGUCUCCAGAAGACAAACGACCCCACGGCGCAGUCUCUGGCCUCGUCUCUGUCAACCAGGCAGCUGUUGAGGAUCUGCCGCCGCCUCUCUCAGUACCCCGAGGAGAGCAUAGCCCGCGCCGUUAAUAAGGCCUGUCUCUCAAGGUUCCUGCCCAGCCUGGCCCGUGCCUCUCUUGAGAAAAGCCUCAACAACUGCUCCAUUCAGGACAAACCGGAUCCUGCUGAACACACUCGUGACUAUCGCUGUGAGGUAAAGGACGGUGUGUUGACUAUUGGAAGUGUAUCGGCUCCUAUCUACGUCCCCGAAAUGAAAAUGAAGGUUCCCGAUGUGCUCUUCUAUGAUAACCCACAGCACAUGAUGGUGAUGGAAGACAUGUUGAAGGACUUUCUAUUGGGAGAGCACCUCCUCUUGGUGGGCAACCAGGGUGUGGGUAAAAAUAAGAUAGUGGACAGGUUUCUGCACCUUCUGAACAGACCCAGAGAAUACCUUCAACUCCACAGAGACACAACAGUCCAGACUCUGACCCUGCAGCCAUCAGUUCGAGAUGGCAUAAUUUUGUACGAGGACUCACCUCUGGUCAAAGCGGUGAAACUCGGUCACAUACUCGUGAUCGACGAGGCCGACAAAGCCCCCACUAACGUCACCUGCAUCCUCAAAACUCUGGUGGAGAGCGGCGAGAUGAUUCUGGCCGACGGGCGCAGGAUCGUCUCAGAUCCCAUCGAAGCCGAGGGGAGACCCAACACCAUAGUCAUGCACCCAGACUUCAGGAUGCUCGUCCUGGCUAACCGUCCUGGUUUUCCAUUCCUCGGCAAUGACUUCUUUGGAGCUUUAGGGGACAUUUUCAGUUGCCACGCUGUGGAUAAUCCAAAGCCCCAGGCCGAGCUGGCCAUGCUGAAACAGUACGGCCCCGACGUCCCCGACGCCACCCUGCAGAAACUGGUGGCCGCCUUCGGAGAACUGAGGUCCAUGGCCGAUCAGGGCACCAUCACCUACCCGUACUCCACCCGAGAGGUGGUCAACAUCGUCAAACACCUCCAGAAAUUCCCCGCCGAGGGUCUGGCCAGCGUGGUGAGGAACGUCUUUGACUUCGACUCGUACAACAAGGACACCAGAGAAGUUCUGAUCGAGGCCCUGCACAAGCACGGCAUCCCCAUCGGAGCCAAGCCCACCUCCGUCAGCCUGGCAAAGGAGUUGCCCCUGCCGGAAGCCAGGAUGACCGGAUACUGGACAAUUAACCAAGGUGGCAAUGCUCGACGCAAACUGCUGUGUCCAACAGAGACCCACCCAAUAGACAUUAAGGGUCCUGCGUUUCUUCGUGUUCAGAGCUAUCCCUGCGACCGACAGGAGGGCAGAGCUCUGAGCUUCUCCGAGGAGAAAGCCCAUUGGCAGAUCCCCAUGAAUGAAGUUAACAUUGUCUGUGAUGUCACCACCAAAGAGGACACAAUGUACGUUGCCAUGUGCAACCCAGUGACCCUCUACUCCAUGAAAGAGCGCGGGGAAACAAUUCAGUGCAUGGAGCUCUACGACGUCUUCCCCAGGACCAUCAGCGGGAGUAACACAGUGCUCCAUUUGGACAUGGUAACUGGCGCUGUGCGGAGGCUCCUGUUGUCUCCAGAAAGUGAUCAGCCUUCUUCCAAAGCUGCCAACUGGUGGAACAGCAAGGAACAACAGGGAGGGAACAAGAUGUGUCGAGAAUUUUCCCACAAAAACUGGCUUCUUUUCUAUAAGGAGGAUGGCAACCAGCUGGAUGUGCUGGAUGUGCUCGAGGGCCGGGUUCACUCCAUCUCCCUCCCUAUCAACCUGAAAUCCGUCUUCCUGGUUGCAGAGGACCGCUGGAUGCUGAUGGAGAGCAACACCAAUAAGAAAUAUUUGCUGACAAAGCCCAUGCACAUGACAGCCGAAGACUCCGGAGUGUGUCAGCUCCACAGCAUCAACGAGGAUCCGGUCAGCUCCGGCCAUGGAGUCAGUUCAGCCGAUGUGUGCGUGCCACAGAUGGUGUCUAAUGAACAGCUACCCAAUGAGAACCUCAGCGCUGCUCUGGACCAGAAGAUUGUCUCCCCAAACCGUCUGCUGGCUGACACCGGCUCAUUUGCGCAGAUCAUCGUGGGCUUUCCAGACCUCAUGUCCCCUAACGAGGUGUACAACUUCAAGAGGCCUGUUGACCUGACAGCGAUGAAAAGUGCUGAAAGUGGUGGUCACAUGUUCUUCAAAAGUGGGCUUCGGAGCAGCACGGCCAAACGGGAAAAUUGCGUCAGCCUGCUCCCAGCCAAUCAGGUGGUCCGAGCCAUUCCACCCAGCAAAGUGCCGAUCAAAGAGAUCUACCCUAAAGAUGUUACUCCACCAAUGACAGCAGCCUACCUGGAAGUGGUGGAUCUGAACUCUAAAAAGCUCAAAUACAUUCCUGUUCCCAGGUCAACGACGGUAUCUCCCUACACCAGCUGGCUGUCCAAAGUGUCAGAAUCCGACGUGCUUCUAGCUGCGCUUGGAUCUGGGAGUGUGGCGACAGUAGAUAUGGGUGGCUACGUCCGGCUCUGGGAAACAGGACUGGACAGCCUGCAGCGGUCACUGAUGGAGUGGAGGAACAUGAUCGGGACUGAGGAUGGCAGACCCAUACAGAUAACAAUCGAGAGGGACAGUGGCCUGGAUGUUUCUGCCCCGAAAUACGGCAAGAUCGAUCCAAACAAUGUUCCCCACGUUGGGGGAAACCAGUGGGCAGGAGGCACAGGUGGCAGAGACACUGCUGGACUCGGAGGAAAGGGGGGCCCCUACCGCCUGGAUGCGGGGCAUAAGGUCUAUCAGGUUUCCCAGGCCGAGAAAGAUGCUGUUCCAGAAGAGGUCCAAAGAGCAGCCCGUGAAAUGGCCGAGAAGGCGUUCAAAGAGAGGCUGAAGGAGAUCAACAUGAGCGAGUACGACGCCUCCACGUACGAGCGCUUCUCCAGCGCCGUGAGGCGGCAGGUCCAGUCGCUUCGCAUCAUCCUGGACAGCUUACAGGCUAAAGGCAAGGAACGGCAGUGGUUGAAGAACCAGGCUCUGGGAGAACUCGAUGAUGCUAAAAUCAUUGAUGGCCUAACCGGAGAGAAGGCCAUUUACAAACGCAGAGGAGAGCUGGACCCUGAGCUGGGCAGUCCACAACAGAAGCCAAAACGUUUCCGGGUCCUGGCCGACGUGUCGGGCAGCAUGUACCGCUUCAACGGCGUGGACGGCCGGCUGGAGCGCUCCAUGGAGGCCGUGUGCAUGGUCAUGGAGGCUCUGGAGAACUAUGAGCACAAGUUCAAGUACGACGUAGUGGGCCACUCAGGCGACGGCUACGAUAUCGAACUGGUCAACGCCGACAAAGUCCCCAAGAACAACAAGCAGAGACUGAAGGUCCUCAAGACCAUGCAUGCACACGCUCAGUUCUGCAUGAGCGGGGACCACACUCUGGAGGGCACCGAGGCCAGCAUCAAAGAGCUUUCGCGAGAGGAGGCCGACGAGCACUUCGUGGUGGUCCUGAGCGACGCCAACCUGGAGCGCUACGGCAUCCGUCCUGAGCGCUUCGCCCAGGUCCUGACGUCCGACCCGCAGGUCAACGCCUUCGCCAUCUUUAUCGGCUCCCUCGGCGAUCAGGCAGAAAGGCUCCAGAAAACCCUUCCGGCGGGGAGAUCCUUCGUCGCCAUGGACACCAAGCAGAUCCCCCAAAUCCUGCAGCAGAUCUUCACGUCGACGAUGCUGUCCAGUGCCUGACCCCAACGAGUGCUUCAGAUCCCCCCAACAGUAUCAAAAACGGUAGACGUUUGCAGUGUCUUUUCACAGCGUGCCCUUUUACUCCCUCUCAUAGCGUCGCGUAACGGAACAGAAUCGGGCCACGGACUCUAUUCGCUGUUUUUUACCAGAAAGCUUUGGCCCGUCAGGAAGCUGUGACAGAG